AUGAGGCGUUGUAUGGGAGGCUAUAUCGUACACCGUAAUUCUGGACUUAGGUGGGGGAGAGAAGCAUAUGGUGCGAGUUUUGUUCAGGAGACCCCGAAGAAGAUUCAGGUUCUGAAGCUGAACAUAAAGAAAGUUCAAGAUCAGCAGAGGAGUAAUGCCGAUAAGAGGAGGAGAGAUCUUGCGUUUCAGGUGGUAGACAGAGUGUACCUCAAGAUGGCCAUGUUGCGGGGUUCGAACAGUUCAUUUACAGAGACUAAGUUGAGACCGAGGUAUAUGGGUCAGUUUAGGGUGAUUGAGGGGGUGGAACCGGUGGCAUAUAGGCUGGAGUUAUCUGAUGUUAUGCGCGCGUUCCACAAGGUCUUCCAUGUGUCGAUGCUGCGGAAGUGUCUCUGCGAGGAUGAUCAGUUGCUGGAUAAGAUUCUCAAGAAUCUUCAGUUGGAGGCGAGACCGGUGAGGGUUCUCGAAAGGAGAGUCAAGGAACUUUAG